GAUGCGGAAAAUCUACAUUGGCAACUUCAUUCUUUAGACUUAUUGAACCAAAAUCAGGGCAAAUUAUUGUUGAUGGAAUAGAUAUAACUAAAAUAGGAUUAAAAGAUCUUAGAAGUAGGAUAACUAUAAUACCACAAGAACCAGUAUUAUUUAAUGGCACGAUAAGAAGUAACUUAGACCCCUUCGGCAAAUAUAAAGACAUAACGCUAUGGAAUGCCCUUCGUCGAGCUCACCUAACAAAUGGUGAUACCGAAGAUGAAUACAAUGACUACUCUAUUAACAACGAGAAAUCAAGAUUUUCACACCAGUUAUCAAUUGCUGAAAUACCAAUAUCAAAAAAACAAGAGUUACAUUUAGAUAGUCCAGUUAGAGAGCAAGGAAGUAAUUUUUCACAAGGACAGCAACAAUUAAUAGCUUUGGCUAGAGCGUUGGUUCGACAUUCGAAAUUAAUAAUAAUGGAUGAAGCCACAGCAAGUGUAGACUAUAAAACUGAUUAUUUAAUUCAAAAUACUAUCAGAGAAGAGUUUGGGAAUAGUACUGUCAUUACUAUUGCGCAUAGGUUGAGAACCGUGAUUGAUUAUGACAAAGUUUUAGUUAUGGACGCAGGCAAGGUUGUAGAAUUUGAUUCACCAUACAUAUUACUGCAAAGCCCAGGAUCAACAUUUAGAGCGAUGUGUGAAUCGAGUGGUGAGUUUAAUGAAUUAAUUGAACUUGCUAAGCAGAAAUAUGAAAGUGAUAAUUUAG